AUGUCUUACAACGAUGACAACACCCGCGGCGGUGGCUACGGUGACGAUAGCUAUGGCUCUGGCGGACGUCAACAAGGCGGCUAUGGCGACGACAGCUACGGUUCGUCCGGUCGACAGACUGGUGGCGGUCUAGGGUCCGAUGACACCUACGGAGACUCCACCGUCACUGGAGGUCGCAGCACUGGCCGGGAUAACGAAUUCGGCAUGGGCAGUGGCAGGACUGGUGCACAAGAUGCCGGUGGCUUCGGCGCAAGUGAUGAUACCUACGGCUCCGGGACCCGCGAUACCUCUGGUGGCUAUGGAGGUGGUGGCCGUACUGGUGGCGGUCUAGGCACCGAUGACACCUAUGGAGAUUCGACAACCACAGGUGGUCGCAGCACCGGCCGUGACAAUGAAUAUGGCAUGGGCAGUGGCAGAACCGGGGCACAGACAUCUGGCGGCUACGGUGCCAGCGACGACACUUAUGGCUCCAACACUGGCGGUGGCAGUGGCUUCGGAGAUGACAGCACUGGCACUGGCCGCCGCGGGGAUGAUUUCACCUCUACCGGUGGCUCUGCAGGUGGACUCGGUGCCGAUGAUACUUAUGGCGACUCGACCCGAACCGGAGGCGUUUCUUCAGGCCGUGAUGCUGACUACGGAAUGGGAUCCGGCCGCACCCAGCAACAAGACCGUGGCGGCUAUGGCGGUGACAGCUACGGCGGCGACAACUAUGAUGAUAACACCUCAGGUGGCAAGAAAAACGACUCUACCAUGGGCAAAGUGAUGGAGAAGGCGGGCAGUAUGUUCGGAAGCAGCAAGUUGGAGGAACGAGGUACGGAGAAGAGACGUGGUGCUGGAAAUGAUGAUGACUAUUAG